AUGCAGCUUGCAGAGUUGGUCAGUCUCCUGGUCUACUCCUUCUGCAUGCCUAUGAGUUUCCAACCUGACAGUUCCGGUGACUUCUUUCUCAAUUCUAUGCAUGCGAUUAAAAGUACCCUUAAUUCUGCCCUCCAAAUGUUCAGGGAUUCUGACGAUCAGACCUGUCCUCCGAUACAUCAUCGCCAUGCUGACUACGGCUGCUCCGCAGGUCCGAUGGGGAGACCGUGCUCUGUCUCAGCCGUCAACUGGUUAAGUGGCGCAGUGAAUUUUAGGCAUAAUUAG